CAACAAGUCCCGCCAUUUAAUCAAACCUUCUCUUUUUAUUUUUCUAUGAUACAACUAUUACAAAAAGUACCAAAAAGUCGAAACUAUCCAACUCCAAAGGCCUUGUUGAAUUUCAAUUAUAAAAUAGAGGGAUAAUUUUAAUUAAAUAUGACUACUUUAAGAACACAAAUGCGUUAUCUAAAUCCUUAUGAUAUUCACAAGCUUAUAAUAAACGAAUAUGUAUUGAAAAAACCAGGUGAUACCUCUCUUUUGAAAAGAGACACAUCAAAAGAUAGAAAUGACUACCAUGUAAUUGUUGAAAAUCACAAGUUUCUAUGGGAAGAAGAUGAUCCAGCAGAUACAUGGGAACAGCAAUUCGCCAAGAGAUAUUACAAUAAAUUGUUUAAAGAAUAUUGUAUAGGGGAUCUAAGUAGAUAUAAAGAAAACAAGAUUGCCCUAAGAUGGAGGAUAGAGAAGGAAGUUGUCAGCGGAAAAGGACAAUUCAUAUGUGGUAACAAGAAGUGCAAUGAGGAAAACGAUUUACGUACUUGGGAAGUCAAUUUUGGUUACAUGGAACAUGGUGAAAAGAAAAAUGCCUUAGUUAAGAUUAGAUUAUGUCCAGAGUGCUCUAAAAAAUUAAAUCAUCACACUAAGAAGAAGGAAGUAAAAAGGUUAAAAAAGAAACAAUCAAUACCAAAGUCUAAAGAAACAGAUAUUAAUGAUGAAGCUUGUUGUUCCAACACAAAAGAUACUUCACAGAACAAUAUACACCAAUUUGAAAAUGUACCACAAGAGUCACAAGAAAAAACUAAAGAUGAGUCGCCCUGGGAAAAUCACAAACCUGUUGAACAAAAAUCCAGGGAAGAGGAAAUGGAAGAUUAUUUACAAAGCCUCUUAUUGUAAUAGCUACUUAAGAUAAAAUAUAUAUGUACAAAUUUUUAAUUUUCAAUAAUAAAGCAUAGGUAUAUAAGAUAUUCAAAAAA